GGUGUUUCCCUUCAGAGCUGGGCUCGGAGUCUGGGUUCAAUCAAUGUAUCUAAUUCUGGCUUCCAGGGAUGAGGUGGCUUCUGCCCUGGUUUCUAGCGGCAGCAGCAGCAGCGGUGGUGGUGGCAGCAGCAGCAGCAGCAGCAGCAGGAGCAAGAGAAGGGAACAGCCUUUCCAAGGCCCUUAUCCAGUCUUCUACUAUCAUGCCCCAAACCUCAGUCCCUGUGGAGGACACCUCAUCACGCCCUCAGUUCUGUAAGUGGCCAUGUGAGUGCCCCCCAACCCCACCCCGAUGCCCCGCUGGUAUCAGCCUGAUCACUGAUGGCUGUGAGUGCUGCAAGAUGUGCGCCCAGCAGCUUGGUGACAACUGCACAGAGGCAGCCACUUGUGACCCUCACCGGGGUUUGUACUGCGACUACAGUGGGGACCGCCCGAGGUACGCAAUAGGAGUGUGUGCACAAAUGGUUGGUGUAGGCUGUGUCCUAGAUGGGGUGAGGUACAGGAAUGGCCAAUCUUUCCAGCCCAACUGCAAGUUCAACUGUACUUGCAUCAAUGGGGCUGUGGGCUGCAUUCCACUCUGCACCAACUCUCGCCCACCACGUCUCUGGUGCCCCAACCCUAAGAGGAUCAAGAUGGCAGGCCAAUGCUGUGAGCAGUGGGUCUGUGAUGAUUCAAAGAAACCUCGGAAGACCUUGCCACGACACAUCUCUCCCUCAGCUUCUGAAGGAGACAUUGAGUCAUGGCAGAAGAAUUGUCUUGUCCACACAUCUUCCUGGAGCCCCUGUUCUAGAAGUUGUGGGAUGGGAAUUUCUAUCAGAAUCUCCAACAACAAUGAGCGAUGCCAAUUGUCAAAGGAGAGUCGCCUGUGUAAUCUGAGACCCUGUGAGGUGAACGUGACCCAGCACAUCAAGCCAGGGAAGAAGUGCUUGGCUGUGUAUCAACCAGAGCAUCCAGUGAACUUAACCAUCUCUGGCUGUGUGAGCAUGAAUAGCUACAGGCCCAAGUACUGUGGAAUCUGCACAGAUAAUAGGUGCUGCACCCCCUACAAGUCCAAGACCAUUGUUGUGAAUUUCCAGUGUCCAGAUGGCCCAGGUUUCUCCUGGAAACUUAUGUGGAUCAAUGCUUGUUUUUGCAACCUGAGCUGUAGGAACCCCAAUGACAUCUUUGCAGAUCUAGAACAAUACCAUGAUUAUGCAGAAAUAGCCAAUUAGGCCGACAAAAGGCUAGGGUGGCCUCAAGAGCCAGGAGGACCACCUUUCAUGGGAGCAAAAGCAAUAUAGUCUCAUAGUCUCAUUUCCUUCCACACUGACAGAUUCCAUGCCCUUCAGAGGCUGGGGCAAAAUGCCUAUUGAUCAACAGGGAUUGGGUUCUCUCACAUAGAUCCUAGCUAAACAGCACUUUCUACCUUAACCCUUAAGUCAAGAGAGUUCUCUUCAUUGAGCAUUUUGUGAUGUUUGCAGAAAGGUUCAGAUGCCUCAAAUAGGCAAACCUUAAAACACUAUCGACAACACUAUCUAUUAUUAAAUGGAUAAGGUGGUUAUUGUUUAUUUCAUGGUUACCUAACAAACAGUUAUAAUGUAGAAAAAUGUAAUCACUCUAACAGGCUUUACCUUCCACUUCCAAAGUGCUGGGAAGGUGGGGUGGAGUAAAGAUAAUACAUGUUAUUUUUCUCCUAUU